AGUCCGCUUCCUUUCCAAGACGUGAGGAUCAUCCCCAAUGCAAAGCAAAAAAAAGGAAAAGAGAAAAAAAAAUCUAGAAGGAUCUUCCUUCGAAUGCUUGGGUUGAUUCCAAUUUAAACCGAGCUGCUUUCUUAUUAUUCUUAUUCCUUCCUAUUAUUAUUCAUUAUUAUUAUUAUUGUUAAUCUUUAAUUGGAUUCACUGUCUGGGACUGAUAAAAACAGUUCAAGUCCUUACUGAGGACCAAAAUGUCUAUUAAGGUAGCGUCUGAGUAUAUAGGCUGUUCUGAGUAGGGUGUUUUUUUUGCAAAAUCAGGAUAUUCAGGUCUAAUGUUCAAAAUUUCUAUGCAUCUAGGCAGUCUUUUCGGUACUAUUAUUAUUAUUAUUAUUAUUAUUGAUUUAAUCUUCAGUCUGGGACUGAAUUCACAGUCUGGGACGAGUAAAAACUUAACAGUUCAAAUCCUAACCAAGGACCUACUAUAUUUCUAUUCCUAUUCUUCUUAUUCUUUUUAUUCGUAUUCUUACUCUCAUUUUUAAAGGGCUAUUGUUCCUUCUGCAGGGUGUUUUUCAAAGGGUGGGAAGAGGGACAUUGAAGUGCCCCCCAUCUCCAUCGUAGCUUCUCUGCCUGCUUUGUGAACGGGGCACACUCUGGCACCCUGGCUCAAGGCCAGCCGGGCAGACAAAGGAGGCUGAAGCUGAAUGCAUCCAAUGUUUGAGCUGGCAUCGCCCGUCCCUGCGGCCAGGUGCCAGGCAGGGACUCUGGCACCGAUGGGCUUUGUAUUCUCCUAUUUCUUCCCAAACAGCCGGCUUCUGAGCCCAGACUGGACUGGGCUAGCCUAUGCUGGUUCUGGGCCCUCCUGAACGGACCCCAUCCAGAAGCGGGAGAGAUCCCUGCAGCCAAAUCGGUUGAUCCACUGCCCCGGACCUCUUUGCAGCUCUCUGCCAUGCUUCCCCCUCCCAGCAUCUGGGCUCGGCUAGAUGAGCCCUGGAGAUCCCUUGGCGAAGGCUUUCCAUUUCCAAGUCAGCCUGGCAUUGUGUGGCUUCCCUUCCACCACCCACCCUCACCCUCCAGCUGGGCGAAGCUGGCACGGCUGCAAAAGGCGGCCAUCUGCAUUGCGUUGGGGGGGCGGUGGCGCAGCCAAGUCCGAUCCCCCCCUCCUUUUGUUCCUGGGGGCCUGCUGCCGGCAGAGGAGGCUUGGGCUGCCGGAGGCUAUGUCCUACUACGUGUUUGAGGGCCAAGGAGCAGCUCAUUCCCCUUCUACUAGCAUGGCUGGCUCGGGGCAGUACCGACACCUGAUUAAUGACUAUGGACCCCCCUCUCUGGGCUACACGCAAGGAGGGCAGAUCACUGGCAGCAAUCAAGUCCCUCAAAGCAAAUACGCAGAACUGCUGACCAUCAUCGAAGAAUUAGGAAAAGAAAUUAGACCGACCUAUGCCGGAAGUAAAAGUGCCAUGGAAAGGCUAAAACGAGGUAUCAUCCACGCCAGAGGACUGGUACGGGAAUGUUUAGCAGAGACUGAGAGAAAUGCAAGAUCCUAAGAUCCGGCUUCCCCCCCCCUCCCCCUUCGGUCCUUGCCUCCAAGAGACCCCCUUUCCCUCUGGAAACAUGCAGAGCCACCCUUCAAACUGGCAAUGCGGUGUGUCUUCUUCCUAGUUUUGGAUAUUGUCCUUUUCAAGAAUGGAUCUGCAUGUCCGGUUGAAUUCCUGCUCCUGUUCAGAGGUUUCUUUCAGUCAUCUCACAAACGAAUUUUGACCCAGCAGGCAGCCAGCCUGGAUCGAUCCAUGCAAAGCCACCCCUCGGAUGAAUGGAAAUUGUUGGUUUUUUUUUUCCUUUCUCCACCCAAAUUCUGCUCCUAAUCCGGAACAGGCUUUGCCUCUUUCCUGUUUAAGACAUCAUCUGCACCCAACCUCUCCUCUCAACUUCUGCGGUUGCUCUCCAAACUCGCGUCUUCUUAAGAUCGUUUUCCAGUCUGCAUUCAGGGCCGGUGGAGGGAUCCUCGGCAGCUUUCCAGAGGUCCCUCGCUGAAAUAAAGCUGGACAGAUUUCCCUAUUAGAAAUCCCCCUGCGUUACUGACGUUUUUCUAUACAAUGCAUCAAAUAGUUUUGCGUGCCUGGGAGGACAGAACCAUGCCAUUGUGUGGAUGAGCUGUGGGCAUCCAUGAAACGAAACAAAAAACCAGAAUUCUUUACAAUGCAUCAAGGUAAAUAUUUAGGAUGUGCAGGGUUAGCCUCUUUGGGAAAAAGAAAUUGCCUUAAUCACCCCAAAUUAACUUGCCUCUCAGCCCAACCAUUUCAGGAAUUGUUUUUAAGCCGGGGGAGUUAUAAAAUUCCCUGCCAUCUGCCCUUCAAACACCAUAAUCAUCUCAAACCAUAAAUGGCAUCCUCCAAAAUGUCCCUUUCUUUGCAUGAGUUUUCCACAAGCCGAAAACAGCCAAUUCAGCCUCAUACUAACAAUUCCCCCUUCCCUGGAUUUAAACUGCAACCUUGCCUCUUUGUAUGUAUUUAUUACUUGACGUAAUAAAGCUUAUUUUCAGUAA